CACGCCCACUCAGACACUUUGCGGCCGCUUCCGGUGUCGGCGUGUUAAGGGAAGUCGGGCGGAGCCGAGUGUAGAGUGUAAGGUUCAUCACUUGAGUAAUGGAUCUUCGACAGCUGUUGUUUUGCCUCUCUCUGUGGGUGGCAUGUACUCUGAGCAAGCCCACUGAGAAAAAGGAGCGUGUCCACCAUGACCCUCAGCUAAGUGAGAAAGAGCAUGAUGAUGCCCAAAACUUUGACUAUGACCAUGAUGCCUUUCUUGGAGCUGAAGAGGCAAAAACGUUCGACCAGCUAACUCCUGAAGAAAGCAAGGAGAGAUUGGGAAUCAUUGUAAGUAAAAUAGACUUGGAUAAAGAUGGGUUUGUGACGGAGGGGGAGCUGACUGCGUGGAUCAAGAAGGCGCAAAAGAAGUACAUCUAUGACAACGUGCAGCGCCAGUGGCAUGAGUUUGACAUUAACCAGGAUGGACUUAUAUCAUGGGACGAGUACAGAAACGUCACCUAUGGCACUUACUUGGAUGAUCCCGAUCCAGACAACAGCUUCAACUACAAGCAAAUGAUGAUGAGAGAUGAGAGGCGCUUUAAAAUGGCUGACAAGGAUGGUGAUCUUAUUACCACAAAAGAGGAGUUCACUGCAUUUCUUCACCCAGAGGAGUAUGAUUACAUGAAGGACAUUGUGGUUCUGGAAACCAUGGAAGAUAUAGAUAAAAAUGGAGAUGGAGUCAUAGACCUGGAUGAAUACAUAGGUGAUAUGUAUAACCAUGAUGGGGAUGCUGAUGAACCAGAGUGGGUGAAAACAGAGAGGGAACAGUUUGUGGAGUUCAGAGACAAGAACCGUGAUGGUAAAAUGGACAAAGAAGAGACCAAGGAUUGGAUCCUCCCCUCUGACUAUGACCAUGCAGAAGCUGAAGCACGUCAUCUUGUUUAUGAGUCUGACCAAAACAAGGAUGGCAAGCUGACACGAGAGGAAAUUGUAGAUAAAUAUGAUUUAUUUGUCGGCAGCCAAGCUACAGAUUUUGGAGAGGCGCUCGUUCGACAUGAUGAAUUCUGAGGAUGAAGGGGAACCCAGCCAUUGUUCCAGUAACUCAUAAUCCCCUCUUCCAUGCUUGAAAAGAGUGGGAGAUGCAACAUUUUAACUCAGAACAAAAGUAAUUUAUUGCAAACAGACUUCCCAAUCCAAGAGAGUCAAGACUACAAACAUUUGUUUUUUGUAAAUGUGAUGCCACAGCAUUUUCUCCAGAAUCCUGCCCACCGUCGCACUCUUGCUCAGUUUAGUGAUAUUUUCACACACAAAAAACUGGUAAUUCUUUUCAAAAUGCACUUUACAGUGCUGGUAUCAUUGCAGUAUGUAUUCUGGAAAGGUCAGCGUUGACUCCCGUACACAGCAAGGCUGUGUCUCAUGAGGCUAAUUUGAAUGCUGUUGUGUUUGUCCCUGCUCUCCGUCUUCCAGUAAUCCCAUGUUAAUUGUGUACCUUGGUAAAUUUUGGAGAAAUGUGUACAAUUUAUUUUAAACAAUAAAUUAGUGAUGGGUCUCCUUUGACCUGUUGAAGAAACAGGUUGUUUUGUAAUUAAAUGUCCAUAAUUGUUUGAGGCCUUCAGAUUGCCUUAUCUAUAAAUAUACUCCUUUCUGUGUAUUCCUCAAGUUGUACUGAAUGGGGUAAUCUGAUAGACUGUUUUCUCGGGGGAAGAGUGAUGAAUUCCAGGUCAAUUUGCUGCCUAUUUCUACAUCUAGUAUUUUAUUGAAUGAUGUCAAUGUAAUCUUUAAGUAAUAGCCUAAUAGCUCAGUAUUGUCACCUACUUCCACAAAGCUUUACAACUCUUUGCAUUUAUAAGUUUCCGGUAUAAACAAGGUGCCAUCAUCAAAUUUUACAUUUUAUAAGCCUGAUUUCAGGUUGUGGACCUUUUUCAUCCUGAUUGCACAUUGUUUAUACAUGCUGCAUAAGGCGUUAUGCAGUGUAGGGCUAGUUGAAUAGAGGAGGGCUUUAAUCCUUUUAUAUAUUUUUUCUUAGGCUCUAUGUUGAUAGAAGAAAUGUUAAUCAUGUUUAUAUAUAACCUGAUGUUGGUGUAAGACAUCUAUUAUCAUAUCCUCCACUUGACCUAAUUCCUUAAACAGCAUUUUUACGAAAUAUGUAAUGCCUCAUAGGCCAGUAUGUGUUAAUGUAUGAUGAAGGAGCCAGAUAGCAUUCCUGCCUUUGAUUUGAGCGUCAUUUUAAAAAUUAUGUACAUUAAUUUUUUCUCAUUAUUUAGCACAAUGCUUUAAUAUAAUCAUGUUUAACACGGGUGUAUAGUUUGUACAAGUGAUUACCCUUUAAUAUAUAAGAAGAAUCGUUGUAUAAUGGUAAACCAGGUGCUUCAACAAAUACUUGCUAACAUCAAUGCUGUGAGCCACAUAGGUAAACUUAAUUUCUCCUUUUACACUGGGUAACAUAUGCAUGUGAUCAUGGUACACUGCAGUGGCUAAUAUUUUAGAAUACACCACAUGUUUUUUUUUGUUGUUUUUUUUUGUGCCUUUUUCGUCUGUAGAUAUUGACAGACUUAUGGAAAGAUACUGAGGUUAUUUCCAAGCUGUUUUAUACACAACAUUAUGGGUUUUAUGUGCUCUUCUUAACAAUACCUGAAUUAUUCUGUUAUAGGUAGAUGAGUUAUUUUAAUGAGAUGAAAGUUCUUGAUAUUAUUGGCUUAAUCACCCCACACAUAAAAAAAUAUCUGUGUGGUACGGUCCAUUUUAAAUGUAGCUAUAAACCCAACUGUUAACCACCAUGGCAUCUAGUUUUAUAUUGUGUGAAUCCUUCUGAUAUACAGUAUGCAUAUGGUUUUGUGCUUUUUUUUUUUUCUCCCUGUGUAAAUGUUGUCCGUCCUUAAGUGAAAAUUUUGUUCACACUACAUUUUAACGAACAAGUACAAUUGUUUAUGUAUAAAAAAAAAUCAGUUGAGCAGUCGUCAUUUGUUUUUCUAUACAUUUUGAAAACCAGAAUGCCAUCAGAAUAUUGAUAUAAAAUGUACCAGGAACACUUUGCAUGUUAAAAUUCUUAAGCUGCAGCCCAAUAAUUCUAAAAGGAACAUUAUUUUGAAUGUUCAAAGGGAUUGUAUUUUUUUUCUGACCAUUUCUCGGGAUAAAAAUCAUUGAGAUAAAGUGAGAACUACAAUAUUCUAGGCACAAGGCCAAAAUGCUAUAGAGUAACUCCUCAUUCAUCUGAACUAUCAAGUGAGCUAUGAGUAUACUUGGACAUCAGUUCCGUGUUUACCUUUGCUGCUGAACCUAAAGGGACAUUAUAGGCACCCAGACCACUUCAGCUCAUUGAAGUGGUCUGGAUGCAUUGUUCGUGUCUGACUUAGUCCCGCAAUGUAAAUCAUUGCAGUUUUUAUGAGAAACUGCAAUAAUUACAUUGCAGGACAAAGACUGGCGACAGCCACUAGAUUCACUUCCUGUUUGCUAGGUGAAUUCUUUUUUUUUUAAUCACCUAAUUGAUGCUACAUGUCCA